AGAAAUAUACCAGAGAAAUACACUAACCGAGAAUAACACCACGACAUACUGAAACAAAUUACGGAAUAUCUCCAAAAACCGCUCGAUUAUUAAUUUAAUCAUUAUUACUAUUAUCAUUACUAUUAUUAUUCUUCUUAUUUAUUAUGGCCGAUACAUCUGCGACACAGAAUGAUGAAGCAGUCAAAGAAACAGCAAAGCAAUUCAUACCGAUGACAUUCACAAAGGACGAGGUGAAAGAAUUCACACAACUACUAAUCAAAUACAAGAAUAUGUUGAGGGAUGGAGAAAGAAGUCAGCCAUCACUGCUGAUGAAGAGAAACAUGUGGAUGCAAUUCUCAGAAUAUCUGCACUCGAAGGGAUAUCCGAGACGACACUGGACUCGACUCCGUUAUAAGGGACAGAAAAUGCUGAGAAAGCUGAAUCUCACCAUGACAGACAGACAGGACACAGUGUGUCCCGAUACUCCGAAGUCUUCUGAAUCCGCCACUAUUCAUCACGUGGCGGUCAGUGUUAAUGGAGAUUCCCAUGUGAGUGGUCAGUGCACUUCGGUAGGCAAUGUUGACUCGAGUGUUCGUCAAUUGAGUCUGCCGUUACUGACUCCCUCACCAUGUGUUUGGAUAUCACCGAGACCCCACAUCAAUUCGACGCCUUCUACGGUCUCCACUGACACGAAUCCUUCAAACACGAUGGGUCUGAGAAUCUUGAACGUCUACUCAAUAGCUCCUAUUCCCCAGAAUUUGUGUGUUCCAAACGACUCAGUGGAGAAGACUGUGAAUCGUACGAAUAAGAGCGACGCGUUGGCUGAUGGAGUUCGAGCACACAGUGGAGUGGAUGAAUCUGUGAGUGUUUCGAAUGGUGUUGGUGAGGUGAAGGGUUGUGGUGUUGGCGAUGUGGGAGUUGGUGAAGGGUGUGUUGGAGGAGGUGGUUGUGGCGUGAGUGAGACUAUUGAUUUGUCGUUGUCGAGUGAUGAUGAGGAGAGUUGUGAGGAGAUGGAUGUGAAUGGAGUUGGUGAUGAUGUAGUGGGGAAUGGUGAUUCAAGUGACCGGGGUUAUAGAUCUGAAGAUGGCGAUGUGGAUGAUGGUGAGAGAAGACGACGUUUGGCUUUGCUGUUUGAGAAGCAGAUGAGACAUCUGGAUUUGAAGAUUGAAGUUCUGGAAAUGAAGAAACGCUAUUGGUGUGAGAAGAUGAAUUCAAUAUCGGGAUGUUGAAGCCAGGCUGAGGAAGUAUGCUC